GUUUGUGUCUUUUUUAUUUUGUUGUCCUUGUUCUUCAGUCAGCAAAAGAAAAGAGAGUGAAAAUAUCUAUCUAUAUGUUGUGGAUGAUUGUGGAGAGCAGUAUCUGCGAGUAUGAAGUAUCCCUGAAUUGGUGUGAGGUUUGAGGCAAGUUGAAAAUCAAUGGUAGUAGUAGUAGCAUUAUCACCAUCACCAUCGCCACUUUCAGGGGGAAACCUCUUCUCCUCACUCCCAUCCACACCACCACCGACGCCCCCUCACCCUUCUUCCACCCCCCAACCACCAAUCCCCAUCCCCAAAUAUCCCCCUCCCCGCAAAUCCCUCCAAAACCCUCCCAACAACCACCCCGCCCUCAAACACCACCAUCGCUCCAGCUACCACAAGCCAGUCAGCCGCCCCGGCAUCAUUGCCUCUGACGGCGACCGCUCCGUCGUCGUCGGCGACUCCGGCGUAUCCUACCUCCUCCCCGGAGCUCCCUUCGAGUUCCAAUUCAGCUACUCCGAAACCCCGAAGGAGAAGCCCAUCGCCAUCAGGGAGCCGGCGUUCCUGCCAUUCGCCCCGCCCACGAUGCCGCGGCCGUGGACGGGGAAGGCCCCGCUGAAGAGCAAGAAGGACAAGGAGAAGAAGGUGAGGCUGCUGGAGUCAUUGAACCCGCCGCGUCCCGAUACCAAUGGGGUGAAGCAGUUGGAGAUGGCGAAGCCAUUGAAGCUUGGUCAAUACUCCAGGGAUGGGAAGUCGAGGGAGGAGAUACUCGGCGACCCCUUGAGGAAAUGGGAGAUAAGGAUGCUUGUUAAGCCUAUGGUCUCUGAUAAUCGCCAGGUUAAUCUCGGAAGGGAUGGAUUAACACAUAACAUGUUGGAGUUGAUACAUUCGCAUUGGAAGCGUAGCCCUGUCUGUAAAAUUCGUUGUAAAGGGGUUCCAACUGUAGAUAUGAAAAAUGUCUGUCACCACAUUGAGGAUAAAACAGGGGGGAAAAUAAUUCUUAGAGUUGGUGGUGUUGUUUAUCUUUUCCGUGGAAGAAACUACAACUAUAGUACACGCCCACUGUAUCCAGUGAUGCUCUGGAAGCCUGCUGCACCUGUUUACCCAAAACUUAUACAAGCUGCUCCAGGAGGAUUAACAAAAUCUGAAGCUGACGAACUACGUCUGAAAGGGAAAAGUCUUUUGCCAAUAUGUAAAUUAGCCAAAAAUGGAGUCUACACUUCGCUUGUAAAGGAUGUCAGAGAGGCUUUUGAAGGAAGCCCUUUGGCGAAGAUUGACUGCAAGGGACUGGAGCCUAGCGACUACAAGAAAUUAGGUGCCAAGCUUAAGGAUUUGGUUCCUUGUGUUCUGCUGUCUUUUGAUGAUGAACAAAUAUUGAUGUGGAGAGGCAAAGAUUGGAAAUCAAUGUUCCCACAACCUCCUCCACUUUCUCGUCCUUCAGAAGCUGGCAUUACAGGGAAUUCGGACAGUACAGGGGAGACUGAAGAUGAUAAUCAAUCUGAACAAGAGGGCAACGUCGUGAACACAAGCCCAAAAAUGUUGUCUCUGUGGAAGCGUGCAAUCGAGUCGAGCAAAGCUUUGUUGCUGGAUGAGUUCAAUCUUGGUCCUGAUGCCCUCUUGGAGAAGGUAGAAGAAUUCGAAGGGGUUUCGCAGGCCAUGGAGCACUCCUAUCCAGCAUUGAUUUUAUCUAAUGAGAAUGAUGCUAAAGGUUCAAUUGCAAGCUUUGAAGAUGACAUAGAAGACAGCUAUUCCAGUCAGGAUGGCUUGCCUACUGAAGACGAAGGCGAUGAAGACAAUGAUGACGAUUUCCUUGAAGAUGACUUGUUUGAUGUUGUAGACUCAUCUGCGGAACCCGGAUCAUUACCUAUUGAUUUUGUUGUCAACAAGCUGAAACCAAAACUAGAAGAAUAAUGCCUUUUAUAAUAUAUAUUUCUAGGACAACAUGAAGAUCUUGUUUAUUGAGCGAAAAUAGGGUGCAUCAUAUCUGAAAUGUAAAAAGAGAGGGAAUAAACAUGAAAAAAAAAAAAGAAAAAGGGGG